AUGUCGUGCCCUCGCUCCCUCCGCCUCGCCGCUCUGUCGCUCUCCAACAUUCUUCUACCCAUAGCUGUCCUGGUGUUCGCGACGGGCUUCUUUCCGUAUAAGCCCUUUUUGCCUGGGCUGGCGCGGUUUGAGGAUGUUGGGGAAUUGCGCGGUGGGAAGGAAGAGCUGGGAGAGAAGGGUGGAGGCCCAAGAGUAGGUGCCGGAGGAGCCAGGAGGGGGCAGGAAGAGGCGGUGUUCGAUCGUGUGGUGUUCAUGGUGGUGGAUGCGUUGAGGAGUGAUUUUGUGUAUGGGGAGGGGAGUGGGUUUGGGUUUACGCAGAGCCUCAUCCGCUCCGGCGCCGCCAUCCCCUUUACCGCCCACGCCACCCCACCGACCGUCACGAUGCCACGCGUGAAAGCGCUCACCACCGGCUCCGUCCCGUCCUUCCUCGACCUCAUCCUCAACUUCGCCGAAUCCGACACCUCCUCCUCCCUUUCCGCCCAAGACACCUGGCUCGCCCAGAUCCUCGCCGCGAACGGCAGCAUCGUCUUCUACGGCGACGACACCUGGCUCAAACUCUUCCCUCCGUCCCCUGAAGGACAACCCUUCUUCAAGCGGUCCGAUGGGACCAGUAGCUUCUUUGUCUCGGAUUUCACAGAGGUUGAUAAUAAUGUCACGCGUCAUGUGCCAGAUGAACUUGCCCGGAGCGAUUGGAAUGCUAUGGUGUUGCAUUACUUGGGGCUGGAUCAUAUCGGGCAUAAGACGGGGCCGCAGGGGCCGAAUAUGCUGCCGAAGCAGCGGGAGAUGGAUGGGAUUAUUAAGAUGAUCUAUGAGGCUAUGGAGGGGUAUGAGCAUCAUGAGACGACGCUUUUGGUGCUGGCUGGUGAUCAUGGGAUGAACGCUGGUGGGAACCAUGGCGGCAGUGGGCCAGGGGAGACGGAACCGGCGCUAUUGUUCGCGAGUCCGGUAUUCAAGGCGAUGGAGAAGAGACAGUAUGAGUGUCCGACGCUGCCGAAGGAAGGCACGGAGUUCCAUUACUACAGUAAGGUGGAGCAGAGCGAUCUUGUGCCGGCGCUGGCGGCCAUGAUGGGUAUGCCGGUGUCGAAGAAUAGUCUGGGUGUUCUGCUACCGGAGCUGACGGGCCUAUGGAAGGGGGAGAGGAGGGUGCAGCUGUUGCUGCAGAAUGCGAAGCAGUUGCUGCACAUUGUGCGGGCAAAGUAUGGUGGGGAGCGGUUCGACCGCGACGCGGAGUCGCAUGCGAAGGCUAUGGAGGAAGGAGACGGAGGUUGUCGAGGGCCAGAGGGCGAUGAGGAGAAGUUGAUUCAUGGCUGGGGCGAGGUGCUGUACUGGCUCGCGCAGGAACGUGGGCUGGAGAAUGAUCAACUGCUGGAAGAGGCGCUCUACCGGUUCUUGAAGCUCGCGCAGGAGACCAUGAGCGAUACGGCAAGCUCGUACGAUAUUCCGCGCAUGGUGACGGGGAUGGCGGUCGCGGGUGCUGCGCUAGUCUUUGCAGUCAUCUCGUCCCCAUCCCUUUGGCCGCCGGGCAUUGCUGGAAUGUCUUUCACGCUCAUCUGCCUGCUGUACGGAGUCAUGAUGUUCGCCAGCAGCUACGUCGAGGAAGAGCAACAUUUCUGGUAUUGGCUCACUCCAGUCUGGGUGAGCAUUCUCAUAGCAAAGAGUCUUCGCAACAGAUCAGACAUGACCUCUGCCUGGCGAACAGCAGCAGCUGGAGCAAUUUUGCUCUGCAGUCACCGCCUCGCCGUCCGCUGGAACCAGACAGGCCAGAAACACGCUGGAGAGCCGGACAUUGUGCACGCCAUCUUUCCGGAGCAUCACAUGCUGAUGUGGCUUCUCAUUCUGCUGACAUAUAUUAUGAACGGCUACUUCAUACACACCAGAACCUUUGCUGGACUCUUGAUACCGGAGCUCACUGCUUUCGCGGACGUCUCCCUGAUCGUCCUCGCGACCGUAUUCAAGCUCAACUUCACGCAGGCUGAUGCUCCGGAGUUGGUGCAGGGAUUGGCGCUGAAGUUGAGAGAAUGGAGCGAGCCAUUCAGCCUGGUGGUGCAGGCACGAGCAGCAUUUGCCACUAUGGCCGUCACGGGAGCCGGAGUGGUUGUGCUCGCUAUACGCCAGGCGAGAGGCAAGAGUGGCCAAAAAGCUAAGGCUGCCCAGACGAGCAUCGCCUUGACUGAAAGGCUUUCUCAUCUACUCACGCUGUUUUUGAUGACGCAGACGCGAGCCCCGAACGUCCCUCUGUUCCUCGCGCUCGAAACGCAGAAGUCUGCGCUGGGCUGGCUGCUUUCGACACAAAGCUCGAGUUCGAAAGAGAAAGCCACCAAGCCUCGAACCUCAGCCGUCGAGGCAGCAACAUCAGUAUUACUGCUGUCGCAUACGUACUACUUCUGCAUGGGCGGCUCGAACUCCAUCUCCAGCAUCGACCUGAGCAAUGCCUACAAUGGCGUUGCAGACUACAACAUUGCUGCCGUUGGUCUCCUACUGUUCUCCAGCAACUGGGCGGGUCCGAUCUGGUGGUGCAGCGCCGCUGUCUUGCUGUGUACACAACGGCCAGCGAUUGCCAGUCGCAAAGAGACCGCUGGAGCUGAGAAGGAUCGAGACUGGGUCAUGGUCGAACGCGAGAAGUUGCAAGAGGAUGCCAAAGCCAUUGCGAAGCAAGCGAACGAGCAGCCAGCGUCGGAAGAUCCCCAUGCUGGCGCCUGGUUUGUGUAUGUUGCCAGCAUGACAGCCUUCGUGGCAACGUCCCUGCUGGCUGUCAUGGCGGCAUGCACAGCUCUGCGGACGCAUCUGUUCAUCUGGACCGUUUUCAGCCCGAAGUACUUGUACGCUCUGGCCUGGUCGCUGGGUUGGCAUCUGGUCGUCAAUGUCGGCUUUGGCAGCCUGCUGUACCAGCUUUGUAGUAUAGCUUGA